CGCUUCCAUAAACAAGACGACUGCCAGGGUUAGCCACCAGUCCUGUGUGCCUCUGGGCUGAGUCUCCCUCUGAGGGAGACAGACAUACUGACAGAGAAAGUGAGCGUAGUACGAGAGAGGGAGAAAGUUAGAGAACAGGAAAGAGGGGAGCCAGAAAGACAGGAAUACCCAUCAGAAGUUAGAGAGACAGGCAGGAAUUGACAGAGGAAGAGGAGAAGGGAGAGUAACAGACGGACUGAAUUGAGAACCAGUCUCUCUUUUUCUUCACGAAGUCAUGGCUGAGAACAACACAAAUCUCUUUCUGGAAAUACUUCAGUCCUUUGAUGCCUUCCCUCUGAUCAUAGCUUUCUGUGUGUCCAUUGCUGUGGGCCUGGUGUUGGGGGCCUUGGUUUAUGUGAUUUUGACCUGGAUGUCCCGACGCAGAGCCGGUUCUGCCAGCAUCACCCGCCGCACUCCUCGCCAAUCACGCACGUCUUCCCGUAGCCGUCCAGGUUUUAACCGCAACAGCAGCUACGACCGGCGCAGCAACAACAGUUUGGUCAGUGCUGCUUUCAGCUUCCACCGCCAGACUUCCUCCCCGGACCACCUCGACCCACUGGGGCACAAAUCCAGCUUCAGGGCCUCUACCUUCCACCCGCUCCUGCAGUGCAGCCAAAUUGCAAGGGAGGCAGAGGAAGGGAGCCAGACCACUCUGCCUCGUACACCAACUCUGACCAUGUCCACUGGAUCAGCUCAAACAGCAGCUCAGCCGGCUGCCACCCCACCCAGACCCGAGUCAUUUUGGGGGAACAAUGGCCUGAGGGGUUUCAAUGCUACACAGACCCCACCUCCAGCCUAUGAGAGCAUUAUUAGAGCAUAUCAGGAAACAUGCACCUGAAGGAGUAAGUGCACCCACAUGACUCUUUACUAAAUGAGCCCAGAGUGGUAAAUGGAUUUACAAAUGAUUUCAGACUGAACAUGUAUCGAUGAUGAUGAUGAGGAUUUAUAUGACAAGAUGAUGCAGAGUGGAGCCAACAAGGACAUCAACGUUGUUUAAACUACAAAAGGUUCUGUGUGUAUUUUAGUUUCUUAAUAUAUAUCUGGUAUUGAUUAGGCAUACUUCUAUCAUAAAAUAACAGACAGUUUUUUUACCUUGUGUGAUUCUGUACUGUCCUGUAUUUCACCCUCACUGUUGCUGCUUUAACUCCUGAAUUUCCCCACGGGGAUAAAUAAAGGUCCAUCUUAUCUUAUCUUCACUCUCAGCAGAGUGACAAUGGUUGCUAAUGAAAUUCAGUCUGUAUUCAGUGGUGAUUGACACUCGUGUAUACCUAAACAGAAUCUUUGUUUGUUUUAGACAAGGCAAAAACCGACAAAUAUAUAAAAAUACAAAAACGUACUGGUCAUUAGGCAAGUACGACGCAGGGGAAGACUUCUUCUUUGUCACAGCAAAAAAAAUGAUGUAUGUGUAUCCCAAAAGAAAGUAAAUGUUUGUGUGUUAACUUGUAUACGUUGAGUCAUGAACGUAUGUAAAACUCUGAUGUUUAAUGUUUUUAUUGCUGUCUCACACAUGUUUUUUAUUGACUUUUGGUUUAUGGGAUUGUGUGGCAUUCAAAGUAAUUAAGUAUGUCUGCGAUUGCAAGAACAGUAUGUGUGAGCUGGAGAGAGAUUGGGCAUUAGGUGUCAACAGUUUUGUGUUUUAUGUUUGAAAUUACAUUACUGAAUUUUGCUCAUAAGUUAAUUAAUUAAAUGCUAGAAUCAAAAAGUAUGAUGAGUUUUUUAUGCAAAAACUGUGGUUUCUAGUCUGUUUUCCAAUACAAACAAAGCACUGCCCUUAACUUGCAUAAGGGAACACAAGAUAUGGAAAUUAUGUCGUGAAAAUAUUGCACCACAAUAAAGUAUUAAAAAUAAAAGUA